AUGCAAGUGUAUUUGGGAUAUCCUCCCAGGCCCUACUUUCUUGAUCCUGAUACAGGAAGUGAUCUAACUUGGCUUCAAUGCGAUGCCCCUUGCAUUAGAUGUACAAAGUUUACUCAUUCAGAGUAUGACCUUGUUGUAUUAUUUCAAAUCUUUCACUCGAGCGAUUAUAAAUGUGAGACUCCAGAGCAAUGUGAUUAUGAAGUUGAGUACGCGGACGGAGGUUCCUCUCUGGGCGUUCUUGUCAAUGAUUUCUUCACUCUCAAUCUCACCACUGGAGUUCGGAUGAGUCCUCGUUUGACCAUUGGAUGUGGGUACGAUCAGCUACCCGGGGCGUCUGACCACCCCUUGGAUGGAGUGUUCGGCCUAGGGAGAGGGAAAUCCAGCAUUGUGUCGCAGCUCCGCGAUCAGGGAGUUGUAAAGAACAUCUUCGGCCACUGCAUAGGUGGGCAGGGAGGCUUUCUCUUCUUGGGAGAUGUUUACGAUCCUUCACGCAUCACAUGGACACCGAUGUCUCGUGAUCACACAAAGCACUAUGCAGCCGGAUCGGCCGAGCUUCGUUUUGGUGGGAGAAGCACAGGCUUCAAGAACCUAGAUGUGAUUUUCGACAGCGGGAGCUCCUACAGCUACUUCACUUCUCAGAUUUACCAUGCUCUUCUCACUCUGAUACACAAAGAAUUAAGUGGGAAGUCUCUGAAAGAAGCAACUGAUGACCACACCCUCCCAUUCUGCUGGAGAGGCAAGAAGCCUUUCAAGAGCACGCGAGACGUGAGGAAGUACUUCAAGUCUCUAGCAUUUAGCUUUUCCAGCGGCUGGCGAAGCAAAUCUCAGUUCGAGAUCCCACCAGAGGGGUACCUCAUAAUCUCCUCGAAGGGCAACGCGUGCUUGGGAAUUCUGAAUGGUACUGAUGUGGGUUUGAACAAUGUCAACAUGAUUGGAGAUAUCUCAAUGCAGGAUAAACUGUUGGUCUAUGACAACGAGAAGCAAUCGAUAGGCUGGGCUGCUGCCAACUGCGAGCAGCACCUGAGAUCAAGUUCCAUGUAG